GGGGACUUCACCACCACACACCCUCUACCUGCUGUCAAGGUGAAGUUGUUCACUGAGAGCACAGGAGUCCUGGCCCUGGAAGACAAAGAGCUGGGCAGGGUAAGAGCCUACAGAACUGGAGCCAGACAUAGGCACAGUUAGCAACAAACUUUCUUUUCAGAUUUCAAAAUGGUUGCCACUUUGAUGUAAAUAUGGAGUGCUAUGAUCUUAUACAUACAUUAUACAUAUACUUAUACAUAUACAUUGAUACAACCUUACAUGGCUGUGUGUUUUAUGUAUGACUUGACUAUAAAUAGGUACAUUGUAUGUGUCUUUGUGCUUCCAGGUGGUGCUCCAUCCGACCCCGAACAGCCCCAAACAGUCCGAACUACACAAGAUGUCCGUGUCCAAAGGCUGCCCUGACAGUGACCUGAAGAUCAAACUGGCCAUCCGCAUGGACAAGCCACAAAACAUGAAGCACUGUGGGUAAGCUACGCUGCGUGGAAACUAGAUCAAAACAUAUUGUUGUCAGACGCAGUGGUAUGCUGCCAUCUAGUGGUGCCGACCAUUAGUGCAUAACACACACUUCCAGACGGCAGAUCAACUGUGACCAAAGCAGGCAACCUUUAUCUUUAACCUUAAACAUUACAUCUAUUAUCUUCAACAUACAUUGAAUAUGACUAUGUAAUUGGCACUGUGACAUCUGACAUUUUAAAAUGUUAUCAAAUAUUGUUGUACUGCAUUUAUCAAGCCUCCAUAAUGUUUGCUAAAGAACAAAAGGAAGUCUUUACAUUUACGUCAUUUAGCAGACGCUCUUAUCCAGAGCGACUUACAUUAUUUAAAAAAAAAAUCCUACCCCCUGUGGGAAUCGAACCCACAACCCUGGCGUUGCAAACGCCAUGCUCUAUCAACUGAGCUACAUCCCUGCCGGCCAUUCCCUCCCCUACCCUGGACAACGCUGGGCCAAUUGCGCGCCGCCCCAUGGGUCUCCCGGUCACGGCCGGCUACGACAGAGCCUGGAUUCAAACCAGGAUCUCUAGUGGCACAGCUAGCACUGCAAUGCAGUGCCUUAGACCACUGUGCCACUCGGGAACCUAGUGGCGCAGUCUUCUCCUUCAGUACAUCACUGCUUUCUUGGUGCCAUUUCCUGGGCUCAGUCAUAAAGAAAGUGUACAUAUCCUCACACUAAUACAAACAUGUAAGACCUGACCAUGUUAAAGAGCACAUUGAAUAAGAGUGAGAACUCUGACUGUCAUGAAUGGAUAUCAAGUAAAAGGUAUUGACAGCCUCCUCACCCCAGAUCAAAUAGCAAAUAAUGAUUGUGAUUAGGCUAAUGGCUAGUGAUAUAAGUGAUGUGACAGCGCCAACUCAGAGACAUAAGGACAUGUUAACGUCACACUUCUUCCUUCCUCCUCCUCCGGUCUCCUCCACUGUGUGUGUGUCCUGCUCUAUGGGGGAAGCCCAGUGUCUGGGCUUUAAGGAGCUCCGCCUGUCUCCCUCAUUCACUCUCCUCCAUAUGCUUCCUGUACAGGGCCUGUGGGGCCUGAUGUGAUGCUGGGGUGGCCCUACGGUAGCCUGCGUUGGGGCCUUAUGCUCCCUGUACCAGCCUCUGCCUGGCAGGCUGCUGGCAGUCCCCUUUCCCGCUGCUCCUUGGGCACUAGUUUAUUCAGAGAGACAAGCCCUGAUGCCCCUAAACUAACCAGGGGGGUACACAGGCAGAGGGAGGCAGGCCCGUGUACCCCUAGCCCGGCCAGGGGGAAGAGCAGACAGAGGCAGGCAGAGCUAGGGUCCUCGCCCUCAGAUGUUCAUUUCUUCACAACACAACAUGAUACACAGCAAAACAACAUAUUCUGCCCUCCCACAGACUCAAGACUGAUAGAAGAAAAAAAAGAAAAAUGUAUGCACUCACUACUUACUGUACAUCACUCUGGAUAAGAGUGUCUGCUAAAUGACAAAAAUGUCAAUCUAAUGAUAGCACUCAGCAAACCAGAGCACAGUGAUCAUACCCACAUUUAUGGAUGUCCACUGGCUCAAACUGUAGCUGGAGUUCUGGAUGUGUCAGGAUCAUUCAUGGCACUCCCAUCCCUGAACCAUGUUCUGCUCAGUUGGUAGAGCAUGGCAUUUGCAACGCCAGGGUUGUGGGUUCGAUUCCAGUAUAAAAAUAAAAAUGUAUGCACUCACUAACUGUAAGUUGAUCUGGAUAAGAGCGUCUGCUAAAUGACUAAAAUGUAAAAUGUAAAUGUAAUUAAGUUAAUAUCAGAAAACAGGUCAUUUCCUUUCACAAACAGAAGAUGGGUUGUUCUAGCUCGAAAACCUUUUCACAGGAUAAGGUAGCAGUAACAACUUUUUACCAUAAGAGGUCAGCAGAGACCUUGUACUGUAACACAAGCAUCUCCGCUAUUGUUCGCCAAUUGCCAUUCACUCAAGGUGUUGUAUAUAUUGCUCAUUGUAACAUAAAAGGACAAAUUAAUAUGCUUUUUGAGCAUGUCACCUCUUUAUGAAAUAAUGAUGCAACACAAGGUUUAAUAUUGUAAAGCAGCCUCUGUAGAAAGGCCAUCCACCAUUGUCCACACAACCUGUUACUAACUAUUUGCUUUGUUUACUUAGGUACCUAUGGGCUAUUGGUAAAAAUGUGUGGAAGAGAUGGAAGAAGAGAUUCUUUGUUUUGGUGCAGGUAAGAACAAAAGACCACUAAAUAACCAUGGUCAGCACUAAUCCAAUAAGUAAGAUGUUAUGUUUUUGAUCUGUCAAGCUUUGGUACGUGUCUUCCUCUAGUUGACUGGGGUUCUAAAGGUGUAAGCCAGUUCUUGUCAGGAGCUUUGUAGCUGUAGCAGCCAUUUUCUGUCUGUCCUCAUUUGGAGAAGCAUGCUUUCUCCUCUGUGUUCGGGAGGAUAUGUCUCAGAGCGAGGAGUUGACAGGCGAUUGACAAACCAGAGUGUACGCUGGCUGGCCUAGCACUCGCAGCUAAAUGAGCCCACGGAAUGCUCGUCUCGCUCGCUCUCAGCUGUACAUACAGCAAGUGACAAAUACCGGUCAAUAGACUGCCUGUGUGUGUAUGUGUGUGUGUGUCAUGUGCAAGUGUGUUUCUUAGAGAGACAUAGCUUUGUGUUUGUGUAUAAUUUCAUUUGUAAAUGUUUUACUUUUUCUCUUAUGUUUUGGUUAUGUUAAGUCGCGUGUAAGUAUUCAAGACAUUCAAUAUUCUAUUGGUGUUAUGGUGGACUCAAAUGUAUUUGGACUUUUGGUCUUCAGAAUUGGCAAAAUUAUUAUAUUUUCAAAGUGAAGGGCAAAUAUGUUUAGUUCGCUUUACUAUCAAUAUAGUAUGUCCCAUUUGUGUCUUGGUGUUGUCUGAAAAUACAAAAUUCAGCAGUGAAGUAGUACAAAACUGUAGGUGUUGAUUCAUACUUUUACUAUGCUUCUUAUACAUACGAAAAAUGGAAAUAGCCUAUGAAAAGACAACAGUGUGCCAACUUCAGCUGGUUCAGGAGAUAUAUUAAAUAGAAAUGAAUCAUUUAAGUGAGAAACAAAAUGUUUGCAUUUAUUUCUGAGAUUGUUGUGUUAAUUACUGUGGAUGUGAUUCACCAACACCACUCUGUGAUGUUCAACCCUCCUUCUCUGAAAUAACAAAAUGCAAAUUCACAUCCGCUGCAUGCCGAAUGUGGCACACACAAACACACACACAAACACACACACACACAAACACACACUUUCUGAAUGCCAUUUGAUUGACAUUUGCCUUGAUACUCAUAAAUAGCACAGCUUACACUGGGGGGUAUUUAUUUCAGUCGCGGAAGAUUCGUUUCCUGUUGAAUUAUUCAUGAGUUGUUAAUUACAUGGAGUGAGUAGAUCAUUUACAGUGCUGGGUGAUGGACGCUGGCACCACCCAUGAAACAUGGUAGCAACACGCCAACAACACGUCAGGUACACGUAAACAGCGUUCUACAGGUGUAGAGCUGUCAUAGCACAGCCUGUAAACAUGCUAGAUGUGCCAUGGAAAACAAGAACGAGUCAGGGGUUGAACAUCCCACGAGGUGGCUGUCGUGAUGGUUCAUCCCAUGUAACCCUCUCACUAUUCCUGUGUGUUAAGUCCCCUCUCUCCGUUCAUACCCAGUGAAAGUGGAAAGCAUUAAUAUCAAAGGCGUCGCCCUCAGCUGAACCAAGUCCCAUCACGAGAGGCAAAAACGCCACUCUAAACCUGUGAAACUGUGUUUUGUCUAAAUUGAGUCGAGGGAUCACAAUUAAGCGGCUUGCUCCCUAAACCAAACUCUCGCCAGCCCCCUCCUACCCCCACCCACGUUCAGAUAGAGUUCAUCCUGCCUGUAGUGGUAUCUGGCUAGUUGAAUGCCCGGACAGGUCACUGCUCAACAGAACAGAUUGGAGCCAUAAACCACAUGUUUAUGAUGCAAAGUGAACUGUAAUUAUUCAGCAGUCUGGAGGCUGUCCUCAAAGACACCCAGAAGCAGCCACUCUCUCACUCUGUCCCCUACCACACUAUCCUUCUUUCUCCCUCCCUCCUUCUCUCACUCGAUCUUUUCUCUUUACUUCUCUGUUCACUUACUCUCUUUCUUUCUUCUUCUUCUUUCUUCUUUCUUUCUUUCUUUCUUUCUUUCUUUCUUUCUUUCUUUCUUUCUUUCUUUCUUUCUUUCUUUCUUUCUUUCUUUCUUUCUUUCUUUCUUUCUUUCUUUCUUUCUUUUCUAUCUAUCUGCUGAUAUGUGAUGGCUUUGGAGUGAAGUCUUAAGCAUUUUCAUAUGACAACUGAUCUCUGGCCUGCUCCCCAGCCCCACCCCACCCCCAUCACACAAUCCAAUUUAUAGACUCAACCAGUGGUGGAAAAAGUACCCAACUGUCAUACUUGAGUAAAAGUAAAGAUACCUUAAUAGAAAAUUACUAAAGUAAAAGUGAAAGGCACCCAGUAAAAUCCUACUUGAGUAAAAGUCUAAAAGUAUUUGGUUUCAAAUAUACUUAAGUAUCAAAAGCAAAAGUAAAAGUAUAAACCAGACGGCACCAUUUUCAUGUUUUCUUUAUUUACGGAUAGCCAGGGGCAUGCUCCAACACUCAGACAUAAUUUACAAACGAGGCAUGUGUUUAGUGAGUCCGCUAGAUCAGAGGCAGUAGGGAUAACCAGGGAUGUUCUCUUGGUAAGUGUUUGAAUUAGACCAUAUGCCUGUCCUGCUAAGCAUUCAAAAUGUACUUUUGGGUGUCAGGGGAAAUGUAUGGUGUAAAAAGUACAUUAUCUUCUUUAGGAAUGUAGUGAAGUAAAAUUAAAAGUUGUCAGAAAUAUAAAGAGUAAAGUAAAGUACAGAUACCCAAAAAAACUACUUAAGUAGUACUUGAAAGUAUUUUUACUUAAGUACUUUACACAACUACUCGCUACAAUAACAAGGUUAUUUAAAAGAGCAAAGCAUGUAGGGUAAUCAGGGAGCAAAGUCAUUUAGAAUCCUUUAACCGUCAGUUUGACAGCAGGUCAGCCAGCCUUAAGGUCCAUAGAGUCCUGCUCUGUCUCUGUCUGUGUGUUUGUCUCGCCUGGCCCUGACAGAUCCAAACUUUAGCAGGCAGGGGGACGUGAGGCUGAAGUGGGUGGAGAAAGAGGCAGGCGAGGGGGUGGGAAGGAGAGGGGAGUUCUGAUGUGCCCCAGGGACGUCCCGAAGGCAAGGGGGCACCGUGGAGCUGGGUAGUGGCACCGGCGGCCCAGCAAGUUCCACCCGGGGCCUCAUCAGAGCCCUGACAGUGAAUCUCUGUUGUCACACAGAGGCAAGCUGCAGCCAGUGAGAGCUGCCACUUGCAGCAGAGGUGAACAAUAGCGUGGUAUUGGCUGGGAUCCUCGGCGUUGCCAGUGGCACUGACUGGCAAAUAGAAGUAGGGAUACUAUAUUGUGAAAAGGGGGUAACUACUGCAGUCGUCUGUCAUCGCUGAGUGACAGAAGUAAGGGAAAAGAAGAAACAGAUAAUGGCAAAGGAAAAGGAAAAGAAAAAUGAAAGAAAAAAAAAAAAACAAUACGCAUAUAUGAUUAUAUAAAAAAACUCUAUAUCUAUAUCUCUUACUAUAUAUAUAUAUAUAUAUAUUUCUAUUUCUUCUUCUCUUUCUCUUUCGCUUCUCUCUAUCUCAUCUCUAUCUCUACUCUUCUCUUGUCUCUCUCUCUCUCUCUCUCUCGCUCUCUCUCUCUCUCUCUCUUCUCUCUCUCUGGUCCUUUGUCAGUAGCAGACUAAGCCUGCUUAUCACUGUAUCAGGUUGGAUAGAUACACACUCACACUCAAGCAUACACAUACUCUCUCUCAUCAACAUAAGUUACUUUUACCAGCCCCCCCUCCCCUGGUUCGGCCACUUCAUUCAUCUAAUUAUAAUGUGAUUAUCCUUGUAUACCCACACACACUCACACACACAUUACUGACAAGAGGUUCAAGAGUGGGCAACACAGCUGUCACUUAUCCCCUCCCAUACUCUCACACACACAUUCACUAUUGCAUGCACACACACACACAUACAUACAUACACACACACACACACACACACACACACACACACACACACACACACACACACACACACAGAUUGUUUUCCCAUAUGCCUAUUUUGACCAGCAUCUGGUCACCAUCUAUGCCUGGUGAUUGGCUCAUUAACCCUUGUGUGACCAUCUCUCCCAGUUGGUUAUCACAAACAAGUGGUCCAAGGCCUGGGUUAGGGAGCAUGAUGUUUGAGAUCAAGGUUACAGUACAACUGGGAUAAGUAGAACUGAUAAGAUGUAAUGCUUUCUUUCAGUCUGUUAUUUACCUGGUAUACUAAAAUGGUAGCUACAUAGUAAUUACUAGGCAGUUUACCAAUGUUAUGCCAUUUUCGGCAGUAAGUCCCAGUAUGAAUUACCUUGAGAAAUACCAGGUAAAUAGCAGCUGGAAUAGCACCAUGAGAUAAAGUGUACAGUAACUAAUAGUAGCCCUCUGUCCCCUCCCUCUGUGGUACAGGUGAGCCAGUACACCUUUGCCAUGUGCAGCUACAGAGAGAAGAAGGCAGAGCCUGUGGAGCUGCUCCAACUGGACGGCUACACUGUAGACUACACCGACCCUCAGCCAGGUACAGUACUACACCACACACACACACACCGACCCUCAGCCAGGUACAGUAAUACACCACACACACACACACCGACCCUCAGCCAGGUACAGUAAUACACCACACACACACACACCGACCCUCAGCCAGGUACAGUAAUACACCACACACACACACCGACGCUCAGCCAGGUACAGUAAAACACCACACACACACACACCAACCCUCAGCCAGGUACAGUAAUACACCACACACACACACACACACACCGACCCUCAGCCAGGUACAGUAGCCUGUGCAAAUGGCAAUCAGAUUCCUUUUCUAGAGAUAACUUCCAUGACUCACUACUAGUUACGCUAGUAACAGGGCCUAAAUACACUACAUGACCAAAAGUAUGUGGACACCUGCUCGUCGAACAUCUCAUUCCAAAAUCAUGGGCAUUAAUAUGGAGUAGGUCCCCCCAUUUGCUGCUAUAACAGCCUCCACUCUUCUGGGAAGGCUUUCCACUAGAUGUUGGAACAUUGCUGCGGGGACUUGCUUCCAUUCAGCCACAAGAGCAUUAGUGAGGUCGGGCACUGAUGUUCGGUGAUUAGGCCUGGCUCGCAGUUGUCGUUCCAAUUCAUCCCAAAGGUGUUCGAUGGGGUUGAUGUCAGGGCUCAGUGCAGACCAGUCAAGUUCUUCAACACCGAUCUCGACAAACCAUUUCUGUAUUGACCUCGCUUCGUGCACGGGGGCAUUGUCAUGCUGAAACAGGAAAGGGCCUUCCCCAAACUUUUGCCACAAAGUUGGAAGCACAGGAUUGUCUAGAAUGUCAUGGUAUGCGUAUGCUGUAGCGUUAAGAUGUCCCUUCACUUGAACUAAGGGGCCUAGCCCAAACCAUGAAAAACAGCUCCAGACCAUUAUUCCUGCUCCACCAAACUUUACAGUUGGCACUAUGCAUUGGGGCAGGUAGCGUUCUCCUGGCAUCUGCCAAACGGAGAUUCUGCCUAACGGAGAUUCGUCCCUCGGACUGCCAGAUGGUGAAGCGUGAUUCAUAACUUCAAAGAAAGCGUUUCCACCUUCGCGUUGCGCAUUGUGAUCUUUACAUGACUGCUCGGCAAUAACAGCACCUACAGUUGACCGGGGCAGCUCUAGCAGGGCAAAAAUUUGACAAACUGACUUGUUGGAAAGGUGGCAUCCUAUGACGGUGCCACGUUGAAAGUUACUGAGCUCUUCAGUAAGGCCAUUGUUUGUCUAUGGAGAUUGCAUGGCGGUGUGCUCGAUUUUAUACACCUGUCAGCAACGAGUGUGGCUGAAAUAGCCGGAUCCACUAAUUUGAAGGGGUGUCCACAUACUUUUGUAUAUAUAGUGAAUAUUGCGCUGGUAUCUACAUGUAGCACUAGCCCUACAAACACUGCUAACCGUAAUUAUUCCUUAGGUCUUGACGGUGGGAGGACCUUCUUCAACGCGGUAAAGGAAGGCGACACUGUGAUCUUUGCCAGUGAUGACGAGCAGGACCGCAUCCUGUGGGUCCAGGCCAUGUACCGGGCCACGGGCCAAUCCCACAAACCCAUCCCCCCCACCCAGGUCCAGAAACUCAACAACAGAGCGGGCUCCGCACCCCAGCUAGACGCACCCAUCUCCCAGUUCUGUAAGUGCCACCCAUGUUGUGCCCACGAGACCCACAACACUCAGAGUAGCUCUCACUGUUUCAGCUACAGUACCCAGCAAACUACCGCCCUAAUGUACAAUGCUGUUAUGUUUAAUCAAAUUCAAUAUCUAUCGAGAUACAGAUUUUAUUGGACUCCUUUUUGA